UCGGCGGUGCCACCGGGGGCGCGGGGCGCGGCGCGCGGGAGCAGUGCACGACGUUUCCGACGGAGGAGCGACGCGCCGCUGCUGCGCCGGUGCUGGGAUGUGUGCCGUCGUCCGCGGUCGAACCGUCUCACCGGCCGCGUAGGGUGCCCGAGCCGCCAUGAGGCUGCCGCUGGCGCUUCCGCUGGCCGCGCUGCUCGCCAGCUGCGGCGCGGCGGCGGCUGACGCGGCGCAGCUACCGCUCUGCGACCACCAGGCCGCCUGCUACUGCGAGACCAUCCCGGGCGGCUCGUUCAACCUCUUCUGUCGGCUGCCGGUGCAGUUCACGUACCGCGUGACCUACGUCGCGCCGACGGCGGCGUCGGGCGCCUCGCUCAUCAUCUGGUGCGACCCGCUCACCAUGCGGCGCGAGCAUUACCAGCUGCUCUACAGCUACAACAUGACGCUGGGCCCGGUGGAGAAGGUGGUGUUCAACCUGUGCCCACUGCCGACCGGCCGGCUGGUCGCCUUCUUCGAGCGGCUGGGCGUGAGCGGCACGCAACGACUGCGCGUCAACUCGCACGACAUGCUCAACGACACGAUGCCCGCCGACUUCCUGCACGGCAGCAACGCCACCAGCGUGCAGCUCAACGGUCUGACGCGCAUCGACAUCCACGACGACUUCCUGGCCACGCUGGGGCACUUGCAGAACCUAACGCUAAGCGGCACGGCGCUGACGCUGCCGAGCGCGCUGUUCCAGCACACGCCGCGCCUCGGCCAGCUGGGGCUCGCCGGCAACCAGCUGCGGGAGCUGCCCGAGCAGCUGCUGGACGGGCUGACGCAGCUGCGCCUGCUCAGCCUGGGCAACAACCUGCUGCGCCAGCUCAGCCGGCGACACUUCCGCGACCUGGGUCAGCUGGAGAUGCUGGAUCUGUACCGCAACGAGCUGCGAGAACUGCCCGAGGACGCGCUGACGUCGCUGUCGCGCCUGCAAUCGCUGCGCCUGCAGUACAACCCGCUGCAGCGGUUGCCGGAGGGGCUGUUCGCCGGCGCGCCUAGUCUGCGGCUGCUGCACCUCAACGGCGGCAGCUCGUCCGGCGGCAACCUGACCACGCUGCCGGCCGGCCUGUUCCGCGGCCUCCGACGGCUCGAGAUGCUGAUGCUGGACAGGCUCAACGUGCGCCAACUGCCGGCCGGCCUGUUCGCCGACCUUAAGUCGUUGACCAAUCUCACGCUUGACAACAACAUGCUGGAGGCGCUGCCGGAGGGCGUCUUCGCCGGCCUGACCGCACUGCAAAACCUGGACCUGCGCGCUAACCAGUUGACGACGCUGCCGGCCGGACUGCUGCGCGAAGUGCCGCGGCUCGACACCCUGUACCUCAGCCGCAACCGGCUGGCGGCGCUGCCGGACGGGCUGUUCGCGGCGACGCCGCGCAUGGAGCGCCUCUUCCUCGGCAGCAACGACCUGAGCAACGUCAGCACGGCCACCUUCAGCGGCCUGGGCACCAGCCUGCGGUUGCUGCGGCUCGACCGCAACCGGCUGGCGUUCGACCGGCGUUCGCCGCGGCCGCCCGCCUUCCAGGAGCUGGCCGAGCUGCGCGACCUCACGCUGGCCCACAACCGGAUCGACCACAUCACGCAGGACCUGCUGGUCAACCUGGUGCACCUUCGCCGGCUGGACCUGCGCCGGAACCUGCUGCAUCGGCUGACGUUCGAUGACCUCAACUUCUUGUGCAACGAGGCCGAGAUCGACCUGCGCUCCAACAACAUCUCCACCAUCUCGUUUCCGCUGGCCACCAUGAAGGUGGACGGCAACGACCACCGCAAGCCAAACGCCAUCAACGUCAACGACAACCCGCUGCUGUGCGACUGCCAGCUGCUGUCGUUGCGCGCCUACCUGGACGGCACGGGCACGUUCGCGCGCCGCGCCGAGCUGGACGAGCUCUUCCAGCUGGUGACGGACGGCCUGGCCUGCGCGCGGCCGGCGCCGCUGGCCGGCCAGCCGUUCGCCGCGCUGCACGCCGACCAGCUGCUGUGCCCGCUGGAGGCCGACUGCCCGGCAGGCUGCGCGUGCCAGCAGCAGAGCAGCCAGCAGACGGUGCUGGUGACGUGCGGGGCGCGGCCGGCGGGCGCCGCGCUGCCCACGCGGCUGCCGCGCGUCCGUCGCUUCGGCGUCAGCCUGCACCUGGAGGGCACGGCGCUGCAGCGGCUGACCAACCUGUCCGCCACCACGGCGCCCGUCACGGAGCUCCACCUCAGCGGCAACAACCUGACGACCGUCGAGCCGAGCGCGCUGCCGCCGGCGCUGCGCCUGCUGCGGCUCGACCACAACCACCUGAGCACCGUCUCGCCGCAGCUGGUGGCCUACCUGGAGCGGAGCGGCGUGCGGGUGGCGCUCGGCGCCAACCCGUUCGUGUGCGACUGCGCGAUGCUGCCGCUGCACCGGCUGAUGCAGCGCCUGGUCAGCAACGGGUCGCGCCAGGUGCUCGACGCCAGCGACGUGUUCUGCGUGGGCCACAACAGCUCGCUGCUGGCGCUGAAGCCCGAGGAGGUGUGUCCGUGGCGACAAGCCACACUGAUAGCCGUGUGCGUCGCGGCGACGGCGCUCGCCAUGUGCCUGCUGGUGAUCGCCGUGCUCUACUACCACUACAGCGACACCAUCAAGGUGUGGCUGUACGCGCACAACCUGUGCAUGCGCUUCGUCACCGAGGAGGAGCUGGACACGGACAAGAAGUACGACGCGUUCGUCAGCUACUCGCACCUGGACGAGGAGUUCGUGGUGGAGCACCUGGUGCCGCAGCUGGAGCAGGGCGAGCCCAAGUACUCGCUGUGCCUGCACUUCCGCGACUGGCUGGCCGGCGAGUGGAUCAC